AGAUUUUGACAAAAGGGCUCCUGCAGUUCCAGCAAAAGCUGCUACGGGACUCCGGACCCAAAUCUACAGAAUUUCUUCUUUACAUCACAAGCUAUCUGCUACCAAAUAUCCAGACCAAAGCACGUCCAGGUCAAAAGACAACCUUCAGUAAAGUGCAGUUGAUUGGACCUACUUGGAGACCCGCCCAAGGAUUCCGCUCGCGUGACGUAAAGGUUUCUGGAGCAGACCAUUCUAGUCAGUUUGACUACAGUCCGGUCAGCGGAGCCGCACCCAGCUCAAUCAAGAUAAAGCAGUCUGACAUCGAGACGUCAGGAUUCCAACAUGCCACCAAAAAAGAAGAAUAGAUCAAAGAAGAUGGGGAAAGGAAAACUGAAAACAGCCAUCCAGAGUCUAAUGGAGGGAGAGGACGACAUGAAAACGGCUAUCCACGGCGCCUUUGAGAAGCUGGAUACAGAUGGCAGCGGUUUCUUGGAGAAGGACGAACUCUACGAGGCACUGAAUGAGUUGCUGGGUGCUGACGACGACGAAGUGGCUAUUCCAAAAAAACGUUUUGACAAGUUUUUCGAAAAAAUGGACAAAGGCGAUGAUGAGCAUGAAGGAAAGAUCUCCGAAAAGGAGUUCACGAAGCGUGCCCGAGGCCUCUUUAAGCAAAUGCAGGAGACCGAGGACGAUGAUGACGAUGACUAGUGUCCGUUCAAGCGGGACCGGAGCUGAAAUGGGCAGUUGUUUCCAUAAUGUGAACUGCUCGGAAUAAAAGAGUCCGAUGCUCCUGAG